AUGAUGAAGAGGAAUUACUCCAUCCCAACCGAGUUCAUCCUCUUGGGAAUCAAUAGUUCUCCUGAGAUAAAAGUGGUCCUUUUUGUUCUCUUUCUCAUCAUUUAUUUGCUUAUUCUUAUAGCAAAUCUUGGGAUGAUCAUCUUAAUCAGGAUAGACCCUCAACUCCGUUUGCCCAUGUACUUCUUCCUUAGCCACAUGUCCUUCUGUGAUCUCUGCUACUCCACAGCCAUUGGCCCCAAGAUGCUCAUGGACUUUUAUGCCAAAGACAAAUCUAUUUCUUUUACUGGUUGUGCUCUGCAAUUCUAUUUCUUCUGUUCCUUUGCAGAUUCUGAGUGCUUAUUGUUAGCAGUAAUGGCCUUUGAUCGAUACAUGGCAAUCAGUAAUCCUCUGCUUUAUACAGUAAAUAUGUCUAGCCGAGUUUGCUACUUAUUGAUGACUAGUGUCUACACGGUAGGGUUGAUGGAUGCUCUGCUCCAUACUACUUUAACUUUCACAUUGAAUUUCUGCAGAUCUAAUGAGAUUAAUCAUUUCUUCUGUGAUAUGCCUCCUCUUUUAUCAAUCUCUUGUUCUGAUAUCCAUGUCAAUGAGCUGGUGCUCUUCUCUGUCUUUGGCUUUAUUGAAAUGGUCACCAUUUCAGGAGUUCUCAUCUCUUACUGUUAUAUAAUAUUGUCUGUGUUGAAGAUCCACUCAAAUGAAGGCAGGUGCAAAGCCUUUUCAACUUGCAUCUCCCACUUAACCACUGUUGCUAUUUUCCAGGGUACUGUCCUUUUUAUGUACUUCAGGCCAAGUUCUGCCUAUUCACUAGAGCAAGACAAAAUGACGUCCUUAUUUUAUACUCUUGUCAUACCCAUGUUAAAUCCCUUGAUUUAUAGUUUGAGAAACAAAGAUGUGAAGGAGGCUCUGGGAAAGCUAAGAAACAAAAUAUCUUUUUAA